GCCCAGCACGCCCGGGCUCCCGCCCUCCUCCCGGGCCGACGCCAGCUGGGCUCCUGGCCGAGGGGCCGCCAUGCGCCUGCCCUCGGCCGCCUGGGCCCGCGGCCUGGCUUGGGGGCCGCUCGUGCUGGGCCUCUGUGGGCUCCUGGCAGCUUCCCAGUCCCAAGGGGUGCCCCCGUACCGCCCGGAGAACCACACCUGCCGGCACCCGCAGGAGUACUACGAGGCCAGGCACCAGGCCUGCUGCUCCCGCUGCCCCCCAGGCACCUACGUGUCAGCCGAAUGCGACCCCAGCCGGGACACGCUGUGCACGCCCUGCCCGGAGAAGUCCUACAACGAGCACUGGCACCGCCUGUCCACCUGCCAGCUCUGCCGCCCCUGCGACCCAGUGAUGGGCUUCACCGAGACUGAGCCUUGCACCAGCAAACAGAAGACCCAGUGCCAGUGCCGGCCCGGGUGGUUCUGCGCCCUCCGCGACUCCGAGUGCAAGCACUGCGAGCCGCUCUCAGACUGCCCGCCUGGUACCGAGGCUGAAGCCAAGCUCAAAGGUGACGAUGGGCAGGAUAACAAGUGUGUCCGCUGCAAGGAGGGGCACUUUCAGAACACCUCAUCCGCCAGCGCCCGCUGCCAGCCCCACACCAGGUGCGAAGACCUAGGCCUGGUAGAGGUGACUCCAGGCACCACCCAGUCCGACACAAGCUGCAGAACUCCAUCAGAGCCAGUCCCCGCCGAGAUGCCAGGGACCAUGCUGCUGGCCAUCCUGCUGCCACUGACCUUCUUUCUGCUCCUUACCAUCGUCCUCGCCUGCUCAUGGAAGAGCCACCCCUCCCUCUGCAGAAAGCUGAGAUCCCUGCUCAAGAGGCAUCCAGAGGGAGAGGAUUCAAAUGUCACUGCUCCCAGGACCAACCAGCCUUUUCCUGACCUGGUAAAGCCACUCCUGCCCAGCUCUGGGGACUUGUCCCCAGUCUCUGCCCGGUUCCUGGCACCACCAGCUUUGGAAAAGGAGGAACUGCAACAGCAGAGGAGGGGCCCGGAGGCUGAGCCCAAGGACCAGGGCCAGGUGGCCCACGGUACCAAUGGCAUCCAUGUCACUGGCGGGUCUAUGACUGUCACCGGCAACAUCUACAUCUACAACGGGCCAGUUCUGGGGGGAGCGCAGAGCCCUGGAGACCCCUCUCCUCCCCCAGACCCUCCAUACCCCAUCCCUGAAGAGGGUGACCCUGUCCCUUUGGGGCUGUCUACACCUCUUCAAGAAGAUGGCAAAGCUUGGCACCUGGCCGAGACAGAGGCACUGGGGCACCAGGCCCUCUAACAGGGACCCAAGGAGCUGGCUCGUCCCCUAUGCCUGACAGGACCUGGGAGCAGUAAGAGGGGAGGCACGAGAGCGCCUUGCCCCCAGGGCUGCCCUACUCACACAGGACUCAGGGCCUGCGUAGGGCCUGAGAGCAGGGCGGGCACUGGCUGGGUCGGUGCCCUCCAUGGGACUCUCCACGGCCUGAGCAAGCCCGAGAACUCGCUGCAGACCCACUGCCCGCUGGGCUGCACCGGCUCAGCUAGGCGCUGACGGGCUAUACGAUGCCACCUGCUGCCCCGUGGCCCUCUGCACCCUGAGCAUGGCCCGGAGCCACCCAUGCAGUCACUCACGAGGACAUCACCGGGACCACCCAAGGAACGUGGCGCUCAUACCCAAGCUCCAGAGACGUUUUGAGGGUCCACGUUUCAUGUGGACCGAGGCAGACCCUAUGUGAAGACGAACUAAUAAGGAGGACCAUCCCUCUUCUCGCCUAGAGGAAAGGGAGUCGAUAAAAACUGGGAGUUUGGGUGGGUUGUUAGAUAAGUUGGAAAGGGAAAGAAAUGGCAAGUGUAUUUAUAAAUUGUAACCACAUGCAAAUAAAGAGAAGAUUGAGACCCAGAUAA